AGUCACUUUGUUUACACAACACCUAUCUGGUGAUUUGAUAUCUUACCUGCUGCAUUUUUCAGAAAACUGGGCGUAGUAGGGACUAAAGCCAAUUUGAAGUGGUGGAUACAUUGUACGUGUGACAUUCUGAAAGAUCAUUUGACUCCACUCCUCGACAUCAUACGAUGUCGUCAGAAAUCCUCCCAGAGGUGGGCGCACCGGAAGACUGUCUAGCGAUGAUUUCGCCCGAUGACAUCGAGACGAUCCGAACUCUCUUCCAGCAGCGGCCUGAUUUGUGGGAUGAUUUCAAGACCCUGACUGAAGUUGUGGACUGUCUGAACGAACACGUGACAGAUUACCAGAAAAUACACGGUUUGUUAAAUAGAAUCUAUGGCAGCACCAGUGUAAAUUUAAACAAAGGGAUAGAAGAGUUCUCUCGCUUUGCCGCCGCCGUACAGUUUGCAGAGAAAGGUGUGGAGUUUAUGAGGCAGACGAUGACAAAGAAAGGGCUAACGUACAUCACACAGUUCACUUUCCCGCACCCGGAUGUCGAAAGAAGUUGUUUAUAUAUGUUAAGAUUCAUGUUUCAUAAUUACUCAUGCUAUAGCAAGGAGUUUGCCACAAGACUUGCAAAGACAGGUGUGCUGCAGGACUUGAUGGAAGAUCUGAAGCACAUGAAGGAUCAGUCAGCUGAGCGUUUGGAGAAAGGUGAAGCUUUCAAAUCGGUCAUAGCUAUCGUACUCAACUGCUGUCGAACCUCUGAUGGUCUGGCCAUCGUUAUGGCAAUGAAUAUAAAGGAAGAACUCAAACCUUUUCUUUCCAAAGAUGAUCUUGAUAUUCAAACGCUCGCACUCUGCACCCUCAGUUUCCUCGUUGAGGACCAUGAACUGGACCUGCUGAAAGUCGACAAAUCUCUGAUGCAAUAUUGUGUCCAGUGUAUCUACGGGGCUGCAGACUCAAAAAGAAAAAGUCAUAAUGGAUGGUUGAUGGAAGAACUCCUAGCCCUCUUAUCGAGACUCGUCAGGAAUGAUUCAAACAAGCGUCUGAUUUUACGAACUGGUGGGUUGAAAAUGCUGGGCAUGGUGCUUGAAACAAGGACGGAGAUGGAGCAAGCGAAUGCGAUUAUGCUUCUGAAUAAGCUUGCAGUAGAAACAGAAGGCAAACUAUUGAUGCAGGCAGAGGCCAGUCUUUUGACGACUCUUUCAAUACUAGAAUCGGAUGAGAACAAAUCAUUUCGCGAACAGGCAGCUGACCUUCUAAAGACAAUCCACAAAAUAAGCGUAACACCAGGCCAGCAGGAAAUACUAACACUUCUAAGGGACCGAGUAAACACGCUGGCCAUCCUUGACACCAGUGAGAUCGGCUUUGUGCUCUGUCAGCUUCAGGUCCUCGCCACUGGAGGUCGCCACAGUCACAAGGAUUUCUCCGCCAUUCAGCUUCUAGAAGUCUUGUCACUCUUCGUCAAGGGAAACAAACAGGGCCAGCAGAUAACAGCUCAAGGACUGGAUACACUGUGUUGUUACCUGAGGAAAGGUGAGGAUGCAGAGAAAAGACUGGUGCUUGGUAUCGUCCUGGAUAUUGUGUCCGACACGGAGGCUCUCAGAUUGGUAAAGAAUCAUUCAGGUUUUGUUUCAUUGCUGGAUGGACUCCGAGCUUCUGAAAAUGAAGAGCUUUCUCAAAAGGCUAACCUCAUCUUAUGUGCUAUUGACCAGAAAAUGUAGAAACUUGUCGUGUCUGAAGUAUAAUACUCAGUGGUAUUUGUAAGUUAGUGCACAAUAUAAAUGUCAAAGACAGUUACCUUUGGUGCACGCAGCAACCACCGAACAACUGUUCUCUUUUUCAGUCUACAGAACAUAGAAAUAUUGUUCUCUUCAUAUUUCGGGUUAAUAUGCAUUCUUAGUUUUAAGAAUUGUUUUAUGCAAUUACUUACACGGUUGUCGUUUUACUGUGUAAUAGAUAAGACUUUUCUACUUUAACCACAGUAGCCUGCACUCGCUGAUGCCCACUUUCUUCAUCUGUGACUGUGAUAAUGCGCGUGAUAAAAUUUACGAAGCAAAUAAUUUUAAUUAUUUGUGGUUACUCUCUAUUUCAUAUAAAAACUUUUAUUUAUUCUGUUUAAAAUGUAUUCAUAAAACUGUUCUUCAUUACAUAUUUUAAAAUCUGUGUAAACAGGUAAAGACUCAAUAUUUUGCUGUGUUUGCAGUGCCUCUUGUAAUGAUCUACACUUUUUUCUACAUUUUUCAUCGGCAUUUGGUUUGAUUAUUUACCUACCAAUGGCCUUUUAUUUAUUCCUCUGCUAGUAUCAACUCCCUCAUCGCCGUUAGACCUUUCUGGCUUUCUUCGUUUUUACAAGUUGUCCCUGGGAUAGACAUUACAUCAGUACAAAACAGUCAUGUGUUUCGACAUUGUACUGCAAUUUCUCCCUUGUGAUCACACAAUUUUUUGUCGACAUGUUUGAUUAUUGAGCAAAACAUAUGUACAGUCGUUGAAUGAUAGUUUUCCUUGUUCGAUAACAUUUCAUCUUACAAGAGUAGAAAGAGAGACGCCUUCAGAGUGUUUUUAAUACAGACUGACGAGCAUUUGUCUUUCUUGGGCUUCACGGGAGGCCAGUAGUUCGCCACGCGCCGGCGGCUGAGCUCUAGUCAGCAAACAGUGGAGCGUGGCAAACUUCAGAGGCCAUGUUUACAGAGCGGAAUGCGAGCAGUCUGGGUUAGAGUGACGUGUUAAUGGUUUCCUGCGCCGACGUGCCCUCUAGUGGCGGCCGUGGAUUGAGGGACCUGCGUUGUCACACUUUGAUUCUGAUAAGGAUAGCUGUGAAGCUUAAUUUCUUAAUUCCUUCUUUCUGUACUACGUUGUUCUCAUUUUUUGUUUUUAAUGUUCAGAUUCUUUUUUUGGGGGGGAUGUGGGAGGGAAGUUUUUAAUUUUUCUGGAGAACUUUGCUUUGCUUGUUUUCUCUGGUUUUACUUUUCCUAGAAAUAAACAGUGGGCUUAAAAUAAACAAAAAUGAAGCAUCUGCUCCUGUGCCUGUGUGUGUCUGGAUUAUUCUCUUUAGGAUGGGAGGACUCCAUCUUUUGUUCAAAUUUUUUAUAUAAGCAACAAACUCAGUCAAUUAAUCAAUGACAAACCAUCGCUUAUUUAUGGCCUCACUUCAACACUGUCAUUCAAUCAAUCACUAUAAAUAUUCACAUGGCGCUGCUCACUUACAAUCCUCGUUGACUAGUGAGAUUCCGACUUCUUGAUCAUUCGUCCUUCUGCCAAGAAGCUUUUGGCGUCCAUCAUUUCACAGCCAUGCUGAGAUAGGAUUUUUUACCCUCUCCUUUCCUUGUCUUCGAUUCCCGUCUUAUCAGAAGCUAAUCUCCGAGGUUGAGAGGGUCGGCCCAGCCGGACCAAAUCAAUUAAAGAGCGGUAAUCCUAGAUGAUGCCCGCCAUCUUGUCAGCAGGUGGCGCCGCGUAGUGUCGGACAUCUUCUCGGGAGAUAACCGCUCUUUAGCGCUACAUUGAGGAUCUUACCCACGUGUCUCGCACGCGUCGUGGCUGCUGCCCUCGCUAUCAACACGAGCGCCCCCUGGUGCCUCACAGCGAAACGCGACACCGCGAGGUUCUGGAGUGUUGGUCUGUCUGCCUACGUCACGGUUGCCGAGGAUUAUGGGAAGCCGCAAAGAUUUUGCUAUGUCGAUAUGGCAAGUGGUGGGGGAGGGAGCUUCCUACAAAGUGUCCUUCCUAAAACCCUCGGCUUAUUCAUGACUAAUGCGCGGAGGCCAAACUGUGCAUUAAUGCACGCGCGUCUGAGGUAGGCAUGACUGAGGGUAGUAACUUGCUCUUUCUAUGUCGUCAGUUUGGAUCACGUGACCAGAUAGCCCUUUCUUCCAGGCCCCAGACAAAUAUCACACAGGUACACGUGAAUGAGUAGCUGAGAGCAAACAGAAAAGUUAAUAAUAACAGUUUUAAAUACAGCUGAAAUAUAUCAUAUAUUUACGCUGCAAUAUUUGUCAACAUAUUUUGCAGUCGUUAUCUUCAUCGUUUCGAAUAAUCCCUGACCUUUUGGGCUGGUGUCUCGACUUUGAGGCAAUAGAUCAGCAGUAGAUGGGUCUUUCAUUUAUCAGGAAAGUAGAAGGUGGUUGAGGAAGUGGAGUAAGCUCCUCCUUUCCUGCGUUCUAGACUCGGUGAACCAUUUAAGUCCUCGGCCAGUAGACCAAUAGACAAUAAUUUGUGUGCCCCCUUUACGUGAAUACAGGCUUGUGGCAUUAUUCUUAAAUCAACGAGAUAGUCCAGAUGUCCUCUAGUACUGGAACAAUUCAAGCUACGGAGGGGAAUUUAGCUUCGCUUUGUAAUCAGCAAAUUGUAAGAAAAUUCCAGCAAUUUAUACAUACCAGAGUCUGUACUAGCAAAAGAAAAUGUUUUACCGAAUGUGGGUAAACAUUAUGCUGUGUGUGUGUGUGUCUUAAGAAUAAUCUAGAUGUAAGACCGCGUGUUUUGCGUUGUAUUUGAUGCACAACCUGCCUUAUCCAUUUCUGUAACAAGCACUUGCCCAGCCAUUUUUGUAACUGAGAACACAUCCCAAGUUGAUCACUGGGAUUAAUAAAAUUGAUCACUUGUCAUUUGUCAUUUGUCGAAUAAGGAAGGAAAUUGUCUUUGAUCUUU